AUGCACGAUCCAACCAAUAGACAUAAGAAUUCAUUGACAUCAUCAACGAUGCUAUCGAGUCCAAAUCGCCUAUUGAAUAUGCACGCACCAAAGUUGAGCCGGCCAUCACAGCCUCAACAACAGCAGCAAAAUCUUGCAAAAAAAUUAAAAGUUAAUCAUGUCAAUGGUAUACGACCAACCUCUCAAGAAGGAAAUACAGCUGUUCGAACUUCAAAAAGUGAUACAUCUUUAAGAUGUCCAUUAAGACAAACAUUACCGAUAUUUAAACAACCAGUUACUUAUUAUCCUACACAACGUGAUGAAGUUAAACCUCAAAUUAAUAAUGCAGCAACAUCAAAUGCCAAUAGUGGUGGUAAGCCAAGUGAAAAAACAAAACCAAGACAACUCUUUUGGGAGAAACGAUUUCAAAACAUACGACCAACAGGCAUCGAUGGACAACCUUUCGAACAUUUUAAAUUACCCGAACAAAUCAAAGGUGUCGAUCUAAAUAUGUCACCGGAAACGAUUGUGAUCAGUCUUGCAACAUCACUUCAUCUAUAUAGUAAUUCACGCGCAUUAUUUGGCCAAAACAAACAAUUUCAAAAAAAUCCUACUACACACGUUCAACGUGAUCAGCCGUUAAUUGAGCAUGUUACAAUAACUGAGGAACAUAUUCGUGCUCAAGAAGCAAAAGUCAAUGAACUUCGUCGACGUAUUCAACAAACAAUGCGUAGCAAUAAUAAUAAUAGUAGCACAAAUAUGAAAAUGGAAACCUAA